UUGUUUGGAAAAAGGAGGCGGUGUAGAAUGUAAUGCGAUUUAAAUGGUUCAGAAGGCGUAAAAAUAGACUUUAUCAGUUGAGAAAUUAGCGCCAGGUCUUUAAGUAUGUUAAAUGGUAACACCUAAACUUACGAUUGAAACCUAAAAUAUAUAGUUGGUUAGCUGGCUACAUACUAACGUUAGCUAGACUUGUAGCGUGACAAAAGUUAACCCGCUCACAAAAGAGGCUCAGUUAUUCCGUCGUUUCUUUAUAAAAAAAAUAUUAUCAAAUAAAGCUAGGCCCCGGUGCCUCAAUGUUCGGCGAAUAGCGCACUCCCCAGAAAUCUGGGUGUCAAUAGACAAGUCUUUUGUGGUUGAAGCUCACCAUUGUAAAAACGGGUUUAGUGAACAAUCCUGACUCAGAUCUAAGACGUCCAGACUAGAGAAUGUCGGAGACAUUGUAACCAAAUUUAAAUCCGGAAUAUGAUCAAGGAUCGAAGCGGCUUAUUGUGUCUAAAUUAACAACUGUAGCCGUGCUACAGAUAAUUCAAUAUUCAGAUGUGUGGGUUUAUUGUACUACAUGAACCCGUACAGAGGAAGUGAGUCAAUUCUAGUGAUAUCAAGCAAGCUUGGUGGCUAUAGCUAGCUAUAUUUAAAAGCGAAAGUGUAUAUCCUGUACAUUUUCAUCGCAAGAUUUAUUUUCCCAUCGGAAUACAUUUGGCUGCUAUUUUCCGCACAUUUAGAACUAGCCAAGGCGAAGUCUUAUUCAUGAUCAGCUAGAUAGUUGAAUUUCACCUUCACUGGCUAACUAGCCGGUUCCCACACCCGAAUGCUGCUCAGUGUAUUAACCAACUAGCUAGCUAGCUAGCCAACGUUACAUUCCCUCAAAAUGUCGAACAUACCAAACGAAGCUGUGUUCUUGAUAAAAGAUGUAAAGCCUGGAUUGAAAAAUUUAAAUAUCAUCUUUAUUGUUUUGGAAAUAGGCCGGGUGACGAAGACGAAGGACGGGCACGAGGUGCGGUCCUGCAAGGUCGCAGACAAGAGCGGGAGCAUCACCAUCUCCGUGUGGGACGAGCUGGGCGGCCUCAUCCAGCCCGGAGACAUCAUCCGCCUGACCAGAGGGUACGCGUCCAUCUGGAAGGGCUGUCUCACACUGUACACUGGACGAGGUGGAGACCUUCAGAAGAUCGGAGAGUUCUGCAUGGUCUACUCCGAAGUGCCCAAUUUCAGUGAGCCAAACCUAGAGCUGCUGGCCCAGAACAACCCGCAGAACAAAACGGCCAAAUCUGACCAGUCUGGAAACUUCCCAGCCAAUCAGAAUUCAGGUACUUCUGCACAGACGGGGAACGGUUCUCUCCAGACUUACUCCACCAACAGCUCGUCCCCUGCACCCCGGGACCCCAGCUUCGGGGCUCUGGGGCGGGUCAACGGGCGUAUCCCAGGAAACGGAGCCUCCGCGGUCACCGCAGGGGGCCCGGCAGCCACGCCCAAACCGUCGGUCACCAUCAGCAACGGCCGGGACCCGAGACGCGCGUCGAAGAGAUGAGACUGAAGCCCAGAGACCCCCCAGACGCCCCCUCUCCCCUGCCCCGGCAGGGAGACGCACAGAAGCACCCCUUACCCAUGUGCCAGAAAUCCCACCCCCACCCCCACCCCCCUGCUCUGCCCAACCUGACUGAUUCAAUUCGCUAAACUAUUCACCCUACUUGAACACUUGAUGCACUUUCUAUUUCUUAAUUUAUGAUGAACUUGAGUCAUUGCUGUAAUUUUCUUCAGGAAACUUUAUGGUUUGUUUUUUUUUUUUUUUGCUUGUUUGAAUUGCCCGAGUUGAAUUUUAUUUUGAUCUCAAAGUUACAAACCUGCUGCUUCAUUUUUAUUUUUUUCUCUUGCUCACCCCACUUACCCCCCCAGCCUGACCAGAAUAUGCCAGAAGUGAGUGUGAAAAGUAAAGGUGGUAGUUUUAUUUCUACAGGUAGGAUAACGUGAUUAGUAUAAAAUAAAAAAGGUGAAAUCCCCCAA